UGUAACAAAGCAGUCAACCAACUGUCAUCCGAAGACUACGGACAUCUCUUUUCUUAACAGCUGUUAUCUCUACUUAACAACUUUCCAUCAUGGGGGACACCAAAACUGACGACUCCAAAGCUUCUGAAAACAAUGUCAACCAAAACGCCGAAGAUGGUUCCGCUGCUACGCCAAAAGAAAUUCGCGCGAUUGUUCUGACCGGCUUCGGGGGUCUGAAAGCAGUAAAAGUCAUGAAAAAACCUGAACCAUCUGCACCAGCAGAAGGCGAAGUCCUGAUACGGGUGAAAGCUUGUGGUCUGAAUUUUCUGGAUCUGAUGGCUCGUCAGGGGGCGAUAGAUAACCCACCGAAAACACCCUGCGUCAUGGGAUUUGAGUGCGCCGGAAACAUCGAAGCUGUCGGAGAAGGCGUCACGGAUUUUAAGGUUGGCGAUAGCGUGGUUGCCCUCACGGAGUACAAAGCGUGGGCCGAGUUGGUCUGUGUUCCAGCCAAAUAUGUAUAUUCACUGCCGUCUGGUAUGGAGCCCAAGGAAGCAGUCUCAAUGCUCAUGAACUACGUCGUUGCCUACUGCCUGGUUUUUGACAUUGGAAAUCUACAGAAGGGACAAAAAGUCUUGCUACACUCUGCUGGAGGAAGUGUUGGCUUAGCGGUCGCUUCCCUCUGCAAAACAGUGCCCGACGUUACUCUCAUUGGGACUGCAUCCAAACAUAAGCACGAGACCAUAGCUGAAUACUUUACACAUUUGUUUGAUCACAGCCAGGACUACGUACAAGAAACUAAAAAAUUGCUUCCCGAGGGAGUAGAUUUAGUUCUCGAUUGCGUCUGUGGAGAAGAUGUCAACAAAGGAUACAGCCUUCUCAAACCACUUGGUAGAUACGUCUUAUAUGGGACUUCAAGCAUUGUAUCUGGAGAAACAAAAAGCUUUUUUAGUUUCGCAAAAUCUUGGUGGCAAGUUGAUAAAGUUAGCCCAAUCAAGCUGUUUGAUGAGAACAAGAUCUUAGCCGGAUUUCAUUUGCGCCACUUAUUGUAUCAGCAAGGCUGCCACGAGUACGUGCGAGGAGUUGUGUCAAAGGUCUUUAAGCUCUGGGAAGACAAGAAAAUCAAAGUUACCACAGACUCCGAAUGGGCCUUUGAGGAUGUAGCAGAGGCUAUGCAGAAGAUGCACGAUCGAAAAAAUAUCGGAAAAAUAACACUUCUUCCCGACAAGGCACCUAAACCUCAACAAAAGGCGCCGAAGGAAAAGGAAAAAUCGAUCACCUCCGGAGAAAGUACUGAUACGGAUCCGAAAGACGAACAGACUCCUCCACCAUGAAAAGUAGUAAAAAGUCCUUCGUAGUUUACAAGAAGAAUCCCCUUUCAUUUUAAGCCUGUGGAAAUGUUUGUUAAAAUUUAUUGUGCUUUCAAAAGGAAAAAAAUGCUUAUUGUUAAAUGCGAUGUUUGUGGUGCUUCCAAGUAUGUUGUUACUCGCUUUUUAAAAAUUUGAUGCAUUUGUUAAAAAAUCAAUUGGUAUUGAAUAUUGCUUAUUAAAAGCAAUUUUAUGCAUUUUAUAUAAAAAAAUGCCCCCAGAUUUAUUUGUAAAAAAAUAUUACACCAAGUUUUGUAAUUGCUAAGCCUUCCUUUAUUUUAUUUAUGAUGGCUUUAUUCUCGAAAAUUUUCCUAUUAGCUUUAGAAUAAAAAUAAAUCUCGAUUAUCCGAAUCAAUUUCGAUCAAAGAAAUGAAAGAUUUUCUAAAAAGCAGCUACGAGAGUCUAUUAAGAAUACAAAAUAGUUGUUAAAAUUCCGCGAUUAAUUAAAAAAAAAAAAAAAAAAACCUACGUUGUCACUCUUUCAGAACUACGAUGCGUUUACGCUACAAAUAAAAGUGGGGAAAUAACAAGAAUACGAAUGGAUUAAGAAAAUUUCAUUUCUGACAAAUUAUUUUUCAUCAUAUUCUUACAAAAUUCUUUUUGAAGUUGAACCUUUGUGCUAAAGAAAUAUACAAAUUCAGUUGAAAAUUGCCGAUUAGUUUAUACCAUAUAUAUUCUUUUUAAAAUUCUGAAUCUUUGUUUCUAAUAAUAAUAAUAAUAAUAAUUAAUUCGCUUUAAAAAAUAAUCCGGAUAAUCGAGACUAUAUUUGUAUUUGCAAAUUAUUCUAGUCAGGUAUUUUAUGAUAAUUGUUGUUUUCUGAGAGAUUUACUGCUCUGAUGUUGAAUUUAUUUAUUUAUUUUUCGGCUUUAAAAAUAUGAACUGCUUUUUUUAAUGACAGUGGUUUUCAUAAAGAGUACUGUACGUUGUUCAUCGAGUUACAAUACAGUAUAUGCAAUGAAAUAUAUGUGUGUUAAUAUUAUAUUGUGUAAACUGAUCAAAGGCACACAAUUUGAAAUAUGCACCUGCAUUAGAUUAGUAUAAAAUGUAAUCGUUUGGUGGUUUCUUCGUUUAUUUGAUGAAUUCUUGAUACAUGUCUAGUAAAUCGUUUGAAUAUGAAUUCGAUAUAGCUGUUUUAAUUCUAUUUCUUUUAUGAUUUUCAUAGACUAAGAUAAAUAUUAAAGAAUUUGUUUCUAAAGGUAUUGUAGUAAUGAAUUUAUUUCAUUUAUUGUUCGUAUUCGUAUCUACAGUAGAGUUAUACAGUACCAUGAAAUUGCCAAAAAGUAGAGUCAAUGCCAAAUCGCCUCAGCGGACAAGCUUUCUUUGCGUACACUGACUACAGAUUUUCUACAUUAAAGUAUUGAAUUUGUCGUAUUAUCCCAUGGGACAGAAUAAAGCAUUUAAAAUUUUGCAGUCCUCUUAUUGAUUAUGGAAUUUCGCUUUUAAGUGUUUUACUUUGGAAUUCUUUAUCGACAGAUAAUAUUUGUAAAACAUUUGGUGAGUCUACUGAGAAUAUAAAUGUGUGUAAAUUUGUCCUUUCGAAUUAGUUUUUCAACAUUGAUUGCUAUCACAUAAAAUAAUAGAUUAUAUAUUAAAUAUUGAAAAUGUAUUUUCAACUUAAUGAUAUGCUUUUUGCAUAGAUAGUGUUUAGAAAUACUUUUACAAUAAGUUUAUUCAAAAAUUUUAAUGCUUUGAAAUAGUUUCAUACUUGAUUGUCAAUCGUAAAUGCUAUAUAAAUAUUGUUAUAUUGCUAAAGGCCAUAAUGUUUAAAAAAGGUCUUCAAUCGGCGCUACAUUCUAGUCCAUUUGCAGUUUUUUCUUUCUUGUUGUGGUGUUUUUCGAGUGAAUUCUUAAUUCCAAGUGUGUUGUGAGUAGAAUGAUAGAACUGCUGUACAAAACUACAAAUAUCUUUAAAAUAAUUUAUGUCUGUAGUGUGUGAAGGUUUAAUGUUUAUAAAAAAAAUUCCCUCUGCAUAAAUUAUAAUAACAAUAAACUAUGUCCGGUCAUAUAAUUUUUAAACAAAAUUAUUCUUAAACAAAAUAUAACAAAUAUAUCAGAUAAUUCUUAAACAAAAAUAACUAUUAUUAACUAUUUUGAAGUUAAUGAAAAAUGGUGUAGUUAUGUUCUAUUAGCAUAAAAAUGUGUUGGAAUGAAAUGUGGAUAGUCAACAAGUUCAGUCCACUUUUUAUGAAAUAUUUUUAUUGGAGUAUUUUUCAAAUGUAUACAGUAAUGAAUUAAUUUUGUACUAAAUUUUGAAUUAACAUAUCCGAAAUCUUAUAAGGUAAUAUUUAUAAACAAAUUUGUAAAAUUUAAGUAGAUUUUCCAAAGAAGUAUUACAAAUUUCAAAAUGUAUUUUUGUGACGGAUAUUUGUUAAAUGUUGCUAAUUUG